AUGCGCAUGAGGGCCUCGCCGCCACACAGCGACAUGACGGUUAUAGGUGGGAACAACGAAAGGCCACCCCGUAAACGUGAUGCACUGACUCCCCUCGACCGAUUCUCGGGAAUCUUGGAAGAGAAGUUUAAGUUGCAACUUAAGUCCGCCAAAGAAGCAAUCAAGGAACACGAUACCGCAGAACCAGCAACAGGACGCAUCUACACUGAUGGGAGCAGCAUCAAUGAUCAUGUUAGAGCAGCUGCAACAGCACCUUCACUCCAGAAUGACAGCGCCCGGAGGAAACAAACCCAGUACAUGGGCCAGUCUAGCACCUCAACGGUGUACACAGCAGAGCUCAAAGGCCUGGUGCUGGCACUGCGGCUUAUGCUCGACACCCAUACGGCCGGAACCACCACCCGGAAGCUCUCGAUAGGCUCCCAGCCAUCAAAUGGGAAGUGCGGUUCCGAUGUAUCCCGGCACAUGUCUCGGAGUGCCAGGGAACGAAGAAGCCGACUGAUUGGCGCCUUAACCAUCGAACCCGAAUCAAGGGCGGUUCCAGAGCCACCGAUGGCCGUACCCCGAGUGAGCCUCGCGGAACCGGAGCCCGAGCCCGAGCCAGCAAUAGUGACAGCAACAACGCCGGCAGAAUCCACUGGAGUCCAGCAGAGUACUUUGAUGAAAGAACCAGCCACGUAUGACCCUACAAGUCAGUAUCUCUUCAGGGAUGUCCUCCGGAGCACACUCACGGACCCGAGUGAGAGCAACGCCGUGGUGGAGGAAUCUUGGUCAUCUCAACUUGCAGUUCCCCUAGAGAUGCUGAACCAGGCCAAGUGGCGUAUCAGUGGGCUGUUCAAUAAGCGUAAGAAGGUUCUUGCCAAGGCUAGCCUCUCCCUUUGGACGAAAUCUGUUUCCGUGUGCGCCAGCUUGAGCAGUCGACUUGUAGGAGGACCGGCAGCCGCUAACCCUGCUCGUGAUUUGGUAGCUGCCAUCUGUUGGCGACUUGCUCGAUGGGUGUACAAGGUAACAGCUUGA